UUAGUACUUACCUUACUUAUCGAUCCCGCAAAUGUAGUAUUGUUGACAGUCUCCUCCCAAGUCCCAAGAGUCGAUUCGGCUGCUUCCCUAGCUAGUUUCCUGGCUCGGUGACCAGGACACCGGGCAACUCCAACUCUGAAGCAAACUAAUUUCUUUCUUAUUUUUAAUAACAAUGACUUCUUCUUCUUAUCUCUUCACCAUCUUCUUCCUUACACUCACUCUUUUUCCUCACGCACGCUCCCUUCCAUUUGUAGUUCUGCAUGGCCUUAGUAAUAGUUGCAAAGGCAAAGGAGUCACGCGCUUCACAGAGCUUUUAAGCAGCUGGUCCGGCUCUCCAGGCUACUGCAUAGAAAUUGGAGAUGGAUCGUGGGAUUCAUGGACCAUGCCCCUUAUGAAGCAGGUGGCAAUUGCUUGCAAAAAGGUGAAGAAAAUGAGUGAACUUAGCAAGGGUUACAACAUAGUUGGACUUUCUCAGGGUACUAUGGUUGGCCGAGGGAUUGUAGAAUUUUGUGAUGGAGCACCCCCUGUGAAGAAUUUCAUAUCAUUGGCAGGCCCCCAUGCUGGUAUUGCUUCAGUUCCAUUUUGUGAGCAUAGUCUGGUAUGCUUUCUUGUUGAUAUUUUAAUCGAGCUGGAGAUUUACAGCAAGUUUGUUCAGGAACACCUGGCUCCUAGUAAUUAUGUUAAAGUCCCUACUGACAUUCCUAAGUAUCUUAAAGGAUGCAAAUUCCUUCCAAAACUCAACAAUGAAAUCGUGGCUACAAGAAAUUCCACUUACAAAGAACGGUUUGCCAGCCUGAAUAAUUUGGUGCUUAUCAUGUUCGAGAAGGAUGCAGUUUUGAUACCUAAAGAAACUUCCUGGUUUGGUUAUUAUGCAGAUGGGUCUUAUGAUAUUAUCUUGCCUGCACAAGAGACAAGGCUGUACAUCGAAGACUGGAUAGGGUUGAAAACCUUGGAUGAAGCUGGGAAAGUGAAAUUCAUAAAUGUUUCUGGUGGUCAUCUUGAAAUCUCUGAAAGUGAUAUGAGAAAGUACAUACUGCCUUACUUGAAGGACCAAGAAUCUGGAGAGAUGACAAUGUCAGAAAAUCCAUUGUUUGGAUGGUUUUUGACAAUCUACCACUGGUUUAUGAAUCUAUUUGGGUUUAAUGAGGAUCAACUAUUGCAGCUUGCUAUGUACUGAAAGAAUAUUAAGAUGUGGUGUUUAUUCUUGCCACACUGCAUUCUGUGUAACGUGCUUUGAUUAUUUAGCAAUAUGAGAUUAAAUUAGGUGCAUAAUC